AUGGAUACUAGUCCAAAAAAUAUUAGUACAAGUAAUAAAUCUUCUUCAUCAUCAACAAAUGGAGAACAUUCAUCAGCACAAACUACAUACGAACGUGGUAGUAUAGUAUGGUGUAAACAUAAAAAUUAUCCAUAUUGGCCCGGUAUUAUAUCAAACAAAAUUGAUAAAUCAACCGGUACUUUCUACAAUGUGUUUUUAUUUGGAACAUUUAGUUAUGAAUUAGCAAUUGAACCUAAAUGGCUAGAACCAUAUGAAAGUGCUGCUGAAUUUCAAAAGCGUAUUAUAGAAUUAAAAGCUUCUGAAAUUCCUGUAACAAAUAAAUCAAGUCAAUAUGAUAUGAAAAUACGAGAAAAGUAUUUAGAAUUAUUCGAAGAAGCAAUAAAACAAGCAUCAGAAGUUAUUAAUUAUUCAACUGUUUCUGAGAGACUAAAACGAGCGGAAGAUAUAACUAAACGUACAAUAUGUGAUUUUUUAACAGUUCAAUUGGAUGAUGAUAAUAAAAAAGAAAAUAAAAAAGAUAAUGACGAAACAAUUUUAAAUGUCGUCGAAAAUAAUAAUUCAAUUCAAUUAUUAUCAUCAAUACAAAAUGAUCAACAAGUUAUUAAAACAAUGAUUGAUCAGAAUGAAAAAAAACGGAAAUUGGAGGAUAAAAGUCUGUCAAAUGGAAAAAUUCGUCGAUUUACAACUAUAAAUGAAGUCAAGCAGUCAUCAGACAAUCAUCCAUCGUCUAUGUUGUUUCGACAUUCACCUGAUGAACGAAUUGUUAUAUAUCAGAAUUGUAUUCGGGAUUGUUUAACAUUAGCUGAAGAAAAAUUUAUAUUAGAUGCAAUAGCAGAACUCGAUUCAACUUGUACAUUUUUUGAAGCUAAAAAAAGAGCUGAACAAAUGCGCUCAACCAUAAUUUGUCUUAAUAAUCAAAAUUGUAUUUCGACUGUAAAUGAAAUAUGGUUCUACGUAUUUUUGAUUAGAUAUAUGGAUGAAUUAUUUCUAAAUCAUCUUCAUUGGCUUGAUGAUCUUGAACAAGCAAACACAAAUGAUAAUUCUUCUUUAUCUAAACAGCAAGAAAAACUAAUUCGUUUCAUGAAAAUUUAUCUUGAUUAA